AUGGCUGACAAUGGCCUGGAGGAAAUACCUAAAAAGUGCCCCCACUGCGCAUCUUCUCAGGCCGACCUGCUUUGUGUGUGUUCAGCAGUUAACACUCCCGUUUUGGUGGUGGAAAUGUCACAGACAUCGAGUAUUGGUAGUGCAGACAUUUUUGCUUCACAAGAGAGAAGAAAAGAAAAAGGUGCUAGCAGAGAACCUUCCACGAAAGACUUGUCCACAAGAUCAAAUGUGGAGAGAAAGGCCUCUCAGCCCCAGUGGAGCCGGAGCAAUGUCACAGAAGGGAAAGUCCCACACAUAAGAAUGGAGAAUGGAGCUGAUAUUGAGGAAUUCUAUACCUUCGGAAGAAUAUUGGGACAGGGGAGCUUUGGAAUGGUCAGUGAAGCUACAGACAAGGAAACAGGAGCUAAGUGGGCAAUUAAAAAAGUGAAUAAAGAAAAGGCUGGAAGCUCCGCGGUGAAGCUACUUGAGCGGGAGGUGAACAUCCUAAAGAGUGUCAAGCACAAACACAUCAUCCAUCUGGAGCAGGUGUUUGAGACGCCCAAGCAAAUGUACCUUGUGAUGGAGCUUUGUGAGGAUGGAGAACUCAAAGAAGUUCUGGAUACAAAAGGGCACUUCUCAGAGAACGAGACAAGGCUGAUAAUUCAGAGUCUUGCGUCUGCUAUCGCCUACCUUCAUAACAAGGAUAUAGUGCACAGAGAUCUAAAGCUGGAAAACAUAAUGGUUAAAAGCAGCUUUAUGGAUGAUAACAAUGAAAUGAACUUAAACAUAAAGGUGACUGAUUUUGGCUUGGCGGUUAGGAAGCAUGGCUCCAGGAGCGAAGGCAUGAUGCAGACCACGUGUGGCACUCCUAUCUAUAUGGCGCCAGAGGUCAUUAAUGCCCACGAGUACAGCCAGCAGUGCGACAUCUGGAGCAUAGGUGUCAUAAUGUACCUUCUACUGUGUGGAGAGCCACCCUUCUUGGCAAACUCGGAGGAAAAACUCUUUGAAUUAAUAAGAAAGGGAGAGCUACAAUUUGAAGAUCCGGUCUGGGAUUCUGUAAGUGAUUCUGCAAAAAACGUUCUGAAACAACUUAUGAAAGUAGAUCCUGCUCACAGAAUCACAGCUAAGGAACUUCUGGAUAACCAGUGGUUGACAGGCAAUACAUUUUCUUCAGUGAGACCAACCAAUGUAUUAGAAAUGAUGAAAGAAUGGAAAAAUAACCCUGAAAGUGAUGAAGACAACACGACUGCUGAGAAGACGAAGCAGCCUGCGAAAGAAAAUCCAUCUGCAAAGGCGGCAAAGCAGCCCACCACUGCUGCCAAGAAGCCAGAUGUAGAUGGCGCUGACAUGAGCUCAAACUCAACAUCCAGCAAACCACUUUCUGCCGAACUCAAAGCAGAACCCGAGAAGAGCUCCGGGACUGCGAGCCAGACAGUGGCAGCUAAGGGCACCACGAAAGCCUCUUCCUUUUCACGAGGAAAGAAGAAGCUCUAG